CAAUCCAACCCAAGUCAAUCCAGCGCAAUCUAAGCUAACCUAACCUAACCUAACCUAACCAAACCUUUAAGUAGAUUAAUAGCAUCACCAUACGAAUAUAGAGUGUGUACAUCAUUGAAUACAAAAUGUAAAUGUUUCCUCAACUGCUGUUUAGAUAUGUAAUAACGGAACUCCUACAAAGUGAUCUACAUAAAAUAAUUGUCUCGCACCAGCCCCUCUCACCUGACCACAUAAAAGUCUUCUUGUACCAAAUUCUUCGAGGUUUGAAAUAUUUACAUUCUGCGCGGAUUUUGCAUCGAGAUAUCAAACCUGGAAAUUUGCUUGUAAAUAGUAACUGUGUUCUCAAGAUCUGUGAUUUCGGUUUAGCACGUGUAGAAGAGCCUGAUUCGAGCAAGCACAUGACUCAGGAGGUGGUGACGCAGUACUACCGCGCACCGGAAAUAUUGAUGGGUGCGAAGCACUACACGGCCGCCGUGGACGUCUGGUCCGUGGGAUGUAUUUUCGGCGAGCUGCUAAGCAGGCGGAUCCUGUUCCAGGCGCAAAAUCCUAUACAACAGCUCGAACUUAUAACCGAACUGCUCGGGACGCCGUCGCUCGAGGACAUGCGGUACGCGUGCGAAGGAGCAAAAACGCACAUGCUGAGAAGGGCACCGAAACCUCCCUCAUUGACCGCACUUUACACCCUCUCGUCUCAGGCGACGCACGAGGUCGUGCAUUUACUCUGCCAGAUGCUCGUCUUUGAUCCCGAUAAAAGGAUAUCAGUCGUGGAUGCUUUGGCGCAUCCUUACUUAGACGAAGGAAGAUUGAGGUAUCAUUCGUGUAUGUGUAAAUGCUGCUAUACUACAGCCAGUGGUAUGAGGCAGUAUACCACGGAAUUUGAAACAACGGCACCUCAGCCUUUCGAUGAUAUGUGGGAGAAGAAGCUGUCGUCUGUACAACAGGUCAAAGAGCAAAUGCACGAGUUCAUAGCCGAGCAACUGAAUACAAGUCGAGUACCAUUGUGUAUAAAUCCUCAGUCGGCAGCAUUCAAGAGUUUCGCCAGGAGGCAAAAAUGUUGUGCACCUUUCAAGAAGACCCUUGAAAUUCUUUUAUCACCCGUCAUCUUUCUUUGUGCUGCCUGAUGUGCUUUAAAAGAUUAGUUCAACAGUGGCCCAUCCAUCGGAGCUUCCCCCGUCGCCUCAUCAGUGGGACGACAACCGUAGGUAACAACAUGACUACAAGUCACUCUUGCUCUCUGCCAAACUUAAAAGGAAAACCGUGAUAAUUAACGUAGUGUUCAUUUCCGAAAGUAGCAAUUAAUAUUAAUUAAUCAGUUAAUUAAUAAUAAUAAUAAUAAUCUGUAUAUGUUCAGUAACGUCUUCUCUCCUCUGUAAUAUAAAAUAAUAGUAAUUAAUACCUAACUACAUAAAAUUAAGUAACAGUACACCAAAAAUAAUGAUUCAGGGAUCUAAGCUUUGUGUAAGGGACCGUGUUCUAAGUGCUCUGUGACAAAAAGAAAAAAUACAUACACAUACAUACAUAAUUAGGAAUGAUUAACAAAGCGCUGGUGGUGCGGGCAAAAAUAUAGUUAAUUAACUUAUUUUUUUGCGCAGAGUGUUGUCUUAGUACCGUAUAGAUCUGCCGCGAAAUUGUUGUUCGAUUUGUACAGUUCACACUGCCUUUUCGAUAGUGAUAGUUUACGUAUUGUAUGUAUUUACGGUUUUAGUUCGAUAAGACUGUCAGAAUGUGUUUCAGUUAUAUCUUUGUAUUGUUUUUUUUAUGUCGGCGCCGUUUUUGGCACGCAUUUUGCUAAAUUUGCAACGCAAAGUUGUCGCCCCUCGUUGUGCCAAAAUAAUUCACCCCUAAUUCUUUUACCAACGAAAUUUCAGACCUUCAAAAAGUGUAAUCAAAAAAUUUUUCAUUUUUAUUAGACACUAACAGUUGGCUUUUGCGAAAAUAGAAAAGAAUUUAUUUCUUUGGACUGACUAGAGGAUCGUUGUUUAAAAGUUUACUAGAUUAAUUGUGAUAAAAUAAGAAAACGAUAUUUUUUUUCUAAUAAUUUUAAUUUUCAAUUGAUUAGCUUGACACGUACUUGGAACUUCAAAAAUUUCAAUAUUGUGUUAGUAUAUUGGUUGAGAUAUCCUGGGGGGACCCGUUCUCUUCGUCGUUUAUCGCCCAUUGCCUUAAUUAAAAAAGAAAAAAUAAUAAAAACUAAUUUUUUUCUGUAGAUUAAGUGCAAAUUUAAGCAAAAGAAAGUGCCUCAUCCUUUAUUUUAACAGCAAAUUUAAAAAACACUGUGUCCACGUUUUUUGCUGUAUUAUUGAUGUAAAAAGUGUCUAUAACAAGCAAAGUAGUUUUUGGUCGUAAUAUGAAUUAAAUAAGUAAUCGUAAUUCGUGGAGCACAACAGUUUACAUUAAUUAGCAACUUCUGCUAAUAAAAACAAACGGUGUAGUAAUUCUAAACGGUUAGCUUUUCUUGUUCGAUGGCCUAAAAUAUAUUUACGAUGCCAAACGAAGGUGUAAUAACUAAAUAAAAUGAACACUUUCAAAAAAAAAAAACAAAAACAAAAACUGACAUGUUUUAGACUAUAAAUAUUGAUGAUUAGAUAGGACGUAAGAAGACUGUAAAUAUUACGAACUAUUAUUACUAUUAUACAUAAUCUGUUACUUU